CUCCUCGUCUCAGAGGAUCUCUCGACGGUGCAUUAAAUAUCACAACUCCCAGCUCCUGGCGCACGCACACAGGCAUCUUACGAUAUGAAGGCCUUCGUUGCAUUAUUCGUGGUGGCAUUAGCUGAUCAGAGUAUAGCGGCUGUCUUAGUGCCUAGAGACACCCCCGAAGUUGCUGCCGCUAAAGCUGCCCAUUUUGCUCAAUAUAAUUACGAGGCGGUAAGAAAUACUCUCGGAUACGUGCCAUAUCCGCAUUAUUACCAGCUCUCCUCUCAAGAACCUUUAGUUUAUAACGUGCCAGUGGCCUACGGUCCAGCACCCAUUGGAGCCGACGGACGCGUUCUCGAUACCCCAGAAGUAAUCGCUGCUAAGGUCGCUCACUUCGCUGCUCAUGCAAAGGCAUCUUUGAAGCCAUACGGGGCCCUUGCUAUCUCGCCAUACUAUGCUUACGGCUACCCAUACACAGCGCCCAUCGGUCCGGACGGUAACGUUGUCGACACACCGGAAGUUGCUGCAGCCAAAGCCGCCCACUUCGCCGCUCAUGCCGCCGCACAUUAUUGAGUUGUGCUGUGGUAAGGAGUCUUGGAUUGUUAGCGUUGUUGGAUCUAAGUGAAGACAAAUGCCAAGUUGCAGCGAGACAUACAAAUUCAUCCGGCCUUUCAUCGUCAAGUGUUACAAGUUCUUACAGCAUCAAGGAAUGAAUCAGUUGUUGUCGUAAAUAUGAUCGAUCGGAAGUACGACUCGUGUGACGCAUACUUAAUGCACAAUCGAGGGACUUGACACUUUUGCUAUUUUAAAUCUUAUUUUCACAAUAAAAAUUGGAAUAUUUUUUAUUCGA